AUGCCGGCAGCAUUUGCCAAUACUGUGGAAACUCAGGUAGAUCGUGUUGCUUGUGUCCGCAAGUAUAACAUGCCUAAAAGAAAUACCCAUCCGCAAACCACCAUCCAGGAGCUCCAAGAAUUUUCUGGACAUGAGAGAAUUCUGUCCAAUCUUCGAAGUUUCGUAAUGGUCGCCGACUCAGUCUGUAAGCUCGCAGGCCGACUGGCUGCCUUAGUACAGUACAUUCGGUUGAAGGAUAUCAUAGACGAGAGAUCCGACUGGGUUUCAGAACUAAGAGUUUUACUCAAAAGACCGAUGGACACGACACAACUGAAAAUUGCUCAGAGAACCGGCGUCCUUCUUGCAUUCGUGCAUCAGGCUAUUUGUUCCGAGGUUAUUGAAACACAUCCAUGGCUUAGUGGUUGUGAAGUGGAAAGGUACAACUUCCAUCAGUCUAGUUCGACAGUAACUCCAGUACUUGUGAAAACCGAAACGUCAGCUUUGGCGGACAGCGCCCUGGAAGACAUUCUGGACAUUGAGGUCCAGUUGUUUAUCAUAAACAGACGACUGCGUCAAGACAUCCGUGAAAUCCGGUGUGCGGUGGAUAUCCUAUGA